AUGUCUCCUCCCCAGAGGAGCGAGCCAUUCAGUGCAGGCUAUUACUCUGAACUUGUGGGAUCGGCGCGCGUGCGCUAUGAAGAAAAGGUGCAAAUGUGCGACGGUAUGCACCCGUACACGCUGCGACCGGGCGUCGACACGACGAUCGACGUGAAUGUGUUUCCUGAAGUGACCCACGGGGAUAUCGUAAACUAUCUAGUUUACUCCUCCAGCUUUGUGACGUUGGAAGAAAUGAAAGCUUUCAAAUCAAUGGAAGCAGACAACUAUUUCACCAGCGGGUGGGCGAGAAGCCUGGCUGCAAUGCCUUUACGAGACGAAAAGGUGCUUCUCCUCGGAGAGGCGAUGCUGACUGUAAGCUAUGGUGUGGAAAACACUUCAAGAAAAACUGCCGAGCUCCAUCUGUCAGUGGACGAAACAUCAACGGCAGCGCAGAUACACGACUACAUGGGGCGCAGUUUGCACCACCUCCGUGAGCCUGCUAUUCUUCUGCUGAAGGUGUCCUUAUCGGCUUCCUUCUACAACGCCAUCAUUCUACAUAUUCUCAGUGGUGCCAGAGGAGCGCUCGACGCCGAAGUCUUCAGUGAGUUGUCUAAGAUGUUGAGCGGCGCGGAAGCGGAGAGUGCCGACGUGCCACGAAUGAUAAAGGAACUGGGUCGAGUUCUGAGGGAGUCUCCAGAAAAAGAGAAGUUCCUGAAGAUGACCUCAGAGGAGGCAUGUCAGUGGUUGUCAACGGUCGAAAACGAAUGCGGGAAGAAGUACCGGGAAUUCAUCAAGAAGCAUGGCCAUAGAGCUGUUAAAGAGUUUGAUGUCUAUAUCAAGCCAUGGUCAUUGGAUCCUUCAACCCUUGUCAAAUCUUUAAAGGCCGCUGCAGCAUCUCCUCAGGUCGAGCAGAAGGCGUCAUCUGCAUCGUGGGACGCCUCCAAGGUCCCAUAUAAGCUUUCCACCUUUCAAAGGGCCUUGUUGACGUUGGUGGCGCCCAAGGCACGAGCUGCCGUGGAGGCACGAGAGGCUGCAAAGGUCGUCCUGGUGAACAAGAAAGAUGGCAGCUGGCGCUCUGCGUCGACUACCACCACUUAA